CGAGUCGCCGAACUCGAUCGGUUUUCGACUUGAAAGUCUUCCCACACAGCACAUGGCGACACUGCAUGAGAAUUGGAUAUGUUAUGAAGUGAAGCGGAAUAGUUUUAUGACAGUUUGCUAAUUUCUGGGAUAUAUAUAUACAUUUUUGUCUUACACAAGUCAAAAUGUCGCAGUUACAGGCGAGGUUCUUCACAGAAGACCAAAGGUAUGUUGUAGAUGACGUCCCUUUCUCCAUCCCAGCUGCCUCUGAAGUCCAGGAUCUUAGCAACGUUAUCAACAAGCUCCUGGAAGCAAAGCAUGCAUCUCACAGUAGAGUGGAGUUUGACUUCCUGGUCAAGGGUCAAUUCCUGCGAACCCAGCUGGCCACUCACAUGGAGACAGAGGGAAUAUCAACAGAAGACGUAGUGGAGAUAGAGUACGUGCAGCGGAUCACGGCGCCAGAGCCGGAGGAGUGCAUCAUGCAUGACGACUGGAUCAGCUCCGUGGAGGCGGACAGCGAGUGGAUCCUAACAGGAUCGUAUGAUAAGACAGCCAGGAUAUGGUCUUUGGAAGGGAAGGUGGUGACGACAGUGGCUGGACACUCUGAUGUGGUGAAGGAUGUUGCCUGGGUCAAAAGAGACGGCCUGACGUCCUUGCUCCUGACUGCAUCUCUGGACCAGACCGUCCUGCUGUGGGAGUGGAACUCUGAGAGGAACCAGGUGAAAGCCAGACACUGUUGCCGCGGACACACAGGAAGCGUCGACGCCAUUUCCACAGACCCCACAGGCUCUAAGUUCUGCAGCGGCUCCUGGGACAAAAUGUUGAAGAUCUGGUCGGCGGUGCCCACGGAGGAGGCGGACGAGGUGGAGGAGUCCGCUGACCGGCCCAGGAAGAAACAGAAGACGCAGCAGCUCGGCCUGACCAGGACUCCCUUGAUGACGUUGUCCGGACACAACGAGGCGGUGUCCUCCGUCUUGUGGUGUGACAGCGAGGAAGUGUGCAGUGCAUCCUGGGACCACACCAUCCGACUAUGGGACGUGGAGGCUGGAGUCAUGAAGACCACGCUGUCGGGCAGUAAAGUGUUCAACUGCAUCUCCUACUCUCCUCUGUGUCGACGGCUGGCCUCAGCCAGCACCGACAGACACAUCAGACUCUGGGACCCUCGCACCAAAGACGGAACGCUGGUGCUGUUGUCUCUGACGUCCCACACCGGCUGGAUCACCGCAGUCAAGUGGGCGCCUUCCCAUGAGCACCAGCUCAUCUCCGGUUCCCUGGACAACCUGGUCAAACUGUGGGACACCAGGAGGUACGCAGAUACAAAGUAGUUGAAACUCUGAAAA